AUGUACGAGCUUUUGCCUCCUGUCCGCGUUCACGGCGGCGACUUCACUGCCAUUGCAAUCGCUGGCGCUGCGAUAGCUGUGGCAGCUUUCCUCCUCCGGAUGACGGCCAGUCUUGGGAAGCAUGGCCGUCAGGUCUCGUGGGAUGACGUUACGAUGGCAGUCGUCGUUGCGCUUGCAAUCCCUCCAGCUGUGUUUGCACCCUACUUGGUCAAGAACGGCCUUGGGCGAGACAUAUGGACCUUGACGGAUGUACAGAUCACGAAUGUAUUAUAUUACUACUUCCUGGGAGAGAUUUUCUACGUGGUGGCCCUCGGCAUCUCCAAGAUAUCGAUCCUCUUCCUCUACCUCCGUGUCUUCCCGGCCAAGAACUUCCGCAUCCUGACUUACAGCGUCAUGGGUUUAUCAGCGGUCUAUACCAUUGUUUUCUUCAUUGUGACCACCUGGCAGUGUCGGCCUUUGAGCCUCGCCUGGACACAAUGGGAUGGUCUUCACCCAGGAACAUGCAACGACAUCCAUCUUCAAGGCUGGAUCGCGGCCGCCAUCAACAUCUUUCUCGACAUUGUCGUCAUGGUGCUUCCUAUGAAGCAUCUCGCCGCACUGAAUAUGAGCUUGAAGAAGAAACUCAUGGUCAUGUCCAUGUUUGGCGUCGGUAUAUUUGUCGUUGUGGUAUCGGUGAUCCGCCUGUAUUCUCUGAUCCACUUUGCCAACACCGAGAACAUCACCUGGAACUACGUCGACGCUGGCAUGUGGAGCUUGAUCGAGAUCGAUGUCUCUAUCAUCUGCGGGUGCAUGCCUGCUUUCCGACUAUUGAUUGCUAAGAUGUGGCCAAAGAUCAGGUCAACAAUCGAUGCAAGCAAAGGCACAUCUUCAAAGCUAUCAAGAUUUGUCGAAACCAACAAUUCUGUGACUGGAACCACCGAUAAGUCCGCUCGGAUCUCCGUCAGACCCAAGGGGAGGGACGAAGACGAUUUCAUCGCACUGAAGGACAUCGAUAACGACAGUGAUAGGGCCAUCUUGACGGAGCACAAGCAUGGGGAGCGAACUUCUCACACCUGGAUCACACAGACUCACACCGUGGAAAUCAGUCGCGAGCCAGCAUCCUCAAAAGAGCAGAGUGCUGAUGAUCGAUCACAGGAUUGGCCCAUGGUGAUAGGAAAAGAGCAUGUCUAG